AUGAGGAAGCUUCAAGUGAUGAGGAUGUUUAAGAAUCAGAUGACCAGCAUGAUGAAGAAAAUAGAGAAGGUGUUCCUUCAUCUAGCUCAAAACCUGCUGUGUCUGGGUUUCAACCUCAAUAUGAAUGAUGAUCAAUUCAGUGGAUCCUACCCCCUCUGUUGCCCGCAACUGUUCAUACUGACGGUGGCAGACGCGCCAGGGGGAUUGGCGCAGGCUACCUGUCAGUGUCCCAAGAACCACGUCCCUGUUGGGAAGAACAGCUGCAAGCCCAGCUGUGAUGACCACGUUCCCCUGUAUGACGGGCCAGUACAAGUGUGCAGCAGACAAGUGUAUCAGCAGUUUCAAGCAAAAGAGGAGUGCCUGUCGACCCAGUACUGUUGUAACUUGACCGGUAACUGUAUUCCCUAUCUUUGGCAAUGCAACGGCGACUACGACUGCGCGCAACAGGAAGAUGUGAAGGACUGCAACAAGCGAGCGUGCAAGGAAAACUACAAGAAGUGUAACAAGACCAACAAGUGCAUACCUGAGGCCUGGUUCUGUGAUGGAGAGAAUGACUGUGGGGAAGGCGAUACUUCUGAUGAAGGGGAACUUUGCCAUGAAAAGACAUGUGGUCCGGAAAACCUUCGCUGCAAUAACGGACAUUGUAUUCCAAGGCCCUGGCAGUGUGAUGGUGACCAUGACUGUAGCGACAGGUCCGGUGAAAAGAAUUGCCGUGUCAAGAAUUGUACAGAAGGAGAAUUCUCAUGCAAAGAUGGGAACCGAUGCAUUCCAAUUUUUGCCCAAUGCGACGGAAAAUCAGACUGCUCGGACUAUUCUGAUGAAGAAAAUUGCACUAAUAAUGCAAACUGCAGUCAGGAUCAGUUCAUGUGCAAGGGGUCAGGCUUGUGUAUCCCACACUCUUGGCGGCGCGACGGGGAGAAGGAUUGUGCGGACGGGAGUGACGAGAAAUCAUGCGAGAGACAGGGAACGUUUGUUGAUGUUUAACUGGUUUAACCAGUGUUUUCCUGAAAAAUAUUAGUAGACAGUCUAAUUUUUUAAGCAGCCAGCAACUAGGAAAUAAAACAGGUGUAUUUGAACCAUUUCCAUUGAUAUUUAAGGGAAAAGUAGCGGAAAAAUUCCUGGGUGCUUCUGGAGAACACUGGUUUAACCCUUUUCCACUCGGAAGCAAAUAGCCUACAAGUUAUUCGCAGUCGGUUCAGGUUUUUAUGAUUUUUGCUGCUCAUAAUUAUCUUAGGGUUGGAAAUAAAGGCUUUAAAACUUGAAUUUAGUAACACAGGUCUUAUGUUUAAUUGGUGCAUUUUCUAAUUGACUUCAAUUGUAUCACAUGCAAGUGUUAAAACUUUGACUGAUAUGUAGGGUCUGACAAUAUAGGAAUAAUAUAUGUUUUCGAGGGCAUGAUCAUCUGCGGGCGCUCAGAAAAUCCGUUCCUGCCUGGGUGCGCAACACGAGGGCAGGAACGGAUUUUGAGAGCGCCAGCAGCUGAUCAUUUCCGAGAAAACAUGUAUUUUCGCUAUUAUUGCAUAAACAAAUCACACAUACCAAAAUAGAUUAAAAUAACAUUGAAAACAAUAUCUCUUGUUCAUUCGACAUAGACAAAAUAAUUUGAUUAUUUCAAUACAGUUCAAGGUUGUGUUUUACAUAUGCCUCACUCGGUCGUCAUCCGAUAUGACGAGGCUUUACCUCGGAUACGCAGUUUUCGAUUUAAAAUGUGUUUAAACAGUGGAUUAAUGCAUAGUUGAAAUUCAGCCGCGCAAAGUAAGAAAUGAGGAAUUAUUUUGGAAUUUAAAACAGGAACGUGAAAGGUACAUAAACACUUACAUUUACAGCAUAGUCUUUGAAAGUGUUGAGUAAAUAACCUUAACUUAAUUGACUUUGCCAAUAAAAUAAAGCUGUUGUCAAGAGAGUGCAGAUGGUAUAAUUUGAAAAGUGGAUUGAAAUAGUCAUUGCCAUUAUUCCUGCAUGCAUGAAGAAACUGGUGCUUAUUCAGUUCCCCAUUUAUGCUUGGAAAGUCGUCGAAGGCUGGAGAAGGGAAGUAACUGCGCGUGGACCAGAUUAUGGAUAUGAAAAACACAUAACAGGGCUUGAACAGCGCUAAAUCGCCUUGUUAAUACACGAUUUCUCCCGUUCAAGCCCUGCUUUUGCCAAGUUUCUGCACCCCGCCAGAGGGCAUUAUAGAUAGAGUUUAUGCAAUAAUGUAUAUAUUUGCAUACUUUAUAUUUGAACUCUAAGGUUAACGGGGCUUUAUGCAAUGUGCAUAAAGUGUCUGCACAAGCUAAUCAGGGAAGACACAUUCUGCUUUAAUUUUUGUUAAAAGGAAUUCUCUUCUUAGCAAUAAUCCAGUUUAUGUGUAAAGUGUACAUCCUCCCAGACUAGCUUGUGCAAAAUGCUUACUUUUGGGUCAAAAAAAUGUGCAUGCCUUUUAAAUUUGGUGUUUAUUUAUAAUAUCAUAUAAAGUCCUUAUCAUUUAUUUGUUGAAAGCCCAUUUUAAAGAGUUGUCCCCCAUGAGAAGGUGGGAGGGCUUUCUAAUCGGCUUGGGAAAUAUUUGUCUGGGGCCGUAUUCCAGUAGCUUCGUAAGUUAAAAAAUAACUAAAGUUGAAAUAUUGCGCAAUAUUUUUUCUUAUCUCCGCCAUUUUUUCUUUAAGCAUAAGAUUUCACUUAAGUUAAACUCUGGUAGCUUCAUAAACUUAAUAAAUUUCUUUACUCUGUGUAUUUUUUCUCAUAUAUUUAAAAUUAAGUUAACUUCCUUUAACUCUUAAAGGAAUUUCUUAAAGAGAAAUACUAAGCGUCUCAUGUUUUGUUUUUGACAUUUCAAAUUUACCGUAAAUCUACAAAUAUUAUACGCACUUUUUUACCUGCCGAUUUCUUCUUUAAGUAGGGGGUGCGUAUAAUAUAAGAGUUAAGAGCAGAACACAAUUUUUCCUGUGCAAAUUUUCAACUUAAUCGUUGUUAUUCACUUUGCGGCAGCCAUUUUGAACUACACCAUUACAUCAAAGGGGUGCAACUGGGCUUGCGCUGUCGUUUGCCAUUUGAGUCAUUUGCGAAAAUAUUGAGAAUUUGGCUCAAUAAAAAUCUUGUUUGUGAAAAAUGCCAAAAUCUAGUAAAAUUUCAUUGAAAACAUCCGCCAUUUAUAUCGGACUGGUUUUCUAUAUUUGUCUUUUUGUUUUAAUGAAAGUGUUCGCAAUUCGAACAGUAAACGAAACCCGGUCUGUACCCGAUUAUGAGACAUCUCUUGACCUUAUUGUUAUUGAAGUGCGCAUGGUAGCUGGCCAAUCAGCAUUGAGCUCGCUUACACAUGAAAUGACGUUGUCGAAUGAAACGUGAGAACGGGAUGAGCUAUCGAAUAAUAUUGGGUCAUCCUUGCGCAGACACUGUAUACUUUGAAUACACAGUUAAUAUAAUUGUCUGCCUACAAAAUAGCGACUGGAAGCUAAGUCGUAUAAAAAGAUUAGCAAAUGAAAAAAAACAACUGACAAUACCCGUAAAUAAAUAUUUCUUAGCUGACCACUAUUUAUCUUUCUACCGCAUAUUUACCAUAUCUGAAGUAAAGAGUGGUAAUUAAAUAAUAAGUUUUAUGAUGCUAAUAGAGUCUAUUACACCUGUCUGCCGAUUGCCAAAUUAAAUUGAAAGGUGAUAAUUAAUUAUUUUGUCUUUUACUCCCAAAAUAGCCUUAUUGACAGCAGCGUAUUUUAAUUAACUAGAUCAUCAAAAACACGAGCGGUUUAAUUGUAUUUUAAGUGAUAUUAAAGUAUCGAGUUUAUAACUCGAAAAAAGAAAAAGUAAUUCAUCUAGACAACUAUAAAAUGUAAGUAACCAUUUUGUCUUCUUAUUACUUUAUUAUAAUUAUAAUUAUUAUCGUCCCGAAUAUUGUCAAAUUGAAUUAAAUGUGAAAACAAAAAACAGCGUCUCUGAUUCUUUCUUUUGUAAUUACUAGUAUGACUGCUUGACCUGGAUGUCAGCAAGGGGCCCGUGUGUUAUUGGUUACAAUCAAUGGUAAUAUAAACAAUAGACAGAGAUAUUUAUUAUGCAACUGUCAUAACAACAGCACUAUAACACAUCCCGAUCAAUAUACCAGGGUAACAGAUAGUUGACAACACCAAAUUGAUUUGCUAUUUUCACAGCACAAAAAUAUAUUUACACAUUUUUUAGGAAAUGGCCGAUUUCGGACACUGAUUUUUUUAGUGCGUUUUUUACUCGGAUUUUCAAUUUUUACCGAUAAAUUUUGACAAAACUUGGGGGUGCGUAUUAUGCACGAGGGCGUAUUAUAUUCGUGGAUUUACGGUAACUUAAGAAAUUUAUUUAAGAAAUUUCUUAACUUAGGUGAAAACUUAAGAAGCUACUGGAAUACGGCCCCUGUGGUUCCAUGGUCCAAGGGCAAAGUCAGAUUUCAAGGUCAAAUGUCACAUUAAGGUCAUAUGUACCUGAAGCUUUAUCGUGAACGUACAUUUGUCGAGCAUAAAUGGAAUUUCAUACAAGUUGCCAUUUGUUGUCAGUAUUGUGAGACAGAAUGGCAUGCGCAAGAACCAAGUCAAUAGGUCUAAGAUCUAUCAAGGUCACAAUUUACUCUUUCCCACUUAGAAGCAAAGUGAAAAUGGUUAUGUUCAAACAGCAUAAAACCAGAAUAGCCUGCGAGAAACUCGCAGUCUGUUCAGAUUUUAUCUGUGCGCUGCGCAUCAGUAUAUAACAGUUGGAAAUGAAGCCUUUAAAACUAUGAUCUAGUAAGUAAGGUCUUUAAUUAAAAGUAACUUUCUAAAUUCUAAAUGACUACAAAUGUGUAAAAAUAGGAAUUUAAGUGGUAAAGGGUUGAAGUUCAAAGGUCCAAAGUAGGACCAGGAGGAUAUUCUUGUCACCGGCUAUUCUGGGACAACACUUUGCCUUAACUGUAGAUUUGCAAAUCUAUAAUUCUGUUUAUCUCCACCCAGGUAUAUGUCGAGCCUGGGAGCACAACUGCGAUGCCAUGUGCAUAUCAUCCCUGUGGCUGUGUGAUAGAGAGAAGGACUGCACAGAUGGCAAAGAUGAGACGCAUUGUGCCCCAGAAAGUGAGGACUCGGAUGAGGACUUGCAAAGGCAAACAAAGAAAAACUGAAAUAACAGUGCAAAAAAGAAGUGGACGCUGCAGGAACAAUGAGUUGUGAUGAGUGAAUUUGAAAAGUAUAUGCAUCUUAACAAAUUGCCUGGGAAGUCCGAAUGCGAGAGUUUGCUAAAAGAAAACCUGUGUUUAAGUAGAAGAAGUUGGAGAAAUUUUAAAGACUUCAUUCGAAAUAAAAAAAACACAUUUAACAAGCACCAGGAAAAUUGAAAUGAUUGAGGGAUGAACAAGAUGCUGUAGAUUUGAAUGCUGUAACUGGCAAUUUGUUUAGAUGCAUAUGUUUUUCAAAUUCACUCAAAAGUGUUUUCAUUGGAAACAAUCCAAAACUGACAAUAUCAUUAUGUAACAGUAAACAAUAUAUAACACUUUUUCACAAACAUUUGUUGAUUAUAGGCGGUUUAAAUGUUUGAACUAGAAGUGAUAUUGUGAAACAAAUAUUUUUCAUGCUUCAUGUUCUGUAUGAAAAGUAUCGUUUUUGGCAUUCAGAAAUGGAGUCUGCUCAAUUAUUUAUUUUAAUAUAAAGUUAAGUCAUCGCAGUUUUGUUGAAGACAUUUCAUAAACAUGUUAAGUGACAUUCAUUUUCAAUAAAAUAUACAUGUAUGUUUUUUAAUUGCGGUUAUCCUCAUGCUUUAAAUAUAUUAAACAGAAUUUCAAACCCUUUUGGGUAGAUGUCUUAAAAACUUUUCAAUUUAUUGUAGUAAAUUAGAAGUAAAAGCUGAAGAAUUUAUGUAUUAUCCACUUUUUUAUAAUCCAAAUAUAUUGAUAGGAAAUAAAAGUUUUUACUUUAAGUCAUGUGUUGAUGCUGGAAUUCACUGUAUAGGUGAUAUAUUCAAAAAUGGAACCUUUAUUGCUGUAGAUGCAUUAAGUGAAAUGUACAAUUUAAAAAUAAAUUGUAUUAAUUAUAUAGGUGUGGCAAGAGCAAUAGAUAACUUCGUGAAAAAAUAUUGUUUACCCUGUCCUACCCAACAAAUGAUAAAACUCUUUUUGCCUGCAUUAUUACAACUGAUAUUAAACAAGAAAUAUCUUUAAAAAAGAUAUACGGCGUAAAUAGUUUAAUGAAUGAGAUCAAGGAUAGCGAAUGUCUUUUUCUGUGCAGUUCUUAGCUGCAUCACACGCAGUACGGGAUGUUACGGGGAGUUUUCGCGGCUUAUUUUACAUUAUAACAUAUUGCUGGUCAUAAACCUAUAGAUACAAAACAGAAAACCAAAAGAAGAAUGGAAGUGAAAUUUAAACAUAUGAGUCAACCGGCCACACGAGAAGUAUCCGUAUUUAUAGGCGCGUUCUUCGAACAAACCUGUUUUAGUGGUUUGUCGGGCAUUGCUAUUUGAUUCGAUUAUUAACAGUAUCAAUUAUCAUCGUGCUAAUGCUUAAAGUGAUAUUAUGGGCAUUUUGCACUGUUUAAUUGAGCUGAAAAGAAUUAACAGGUCAAAAUAGUUAGUUAAAAUGUGGUUACUGAUUAAUUAUCUGCAACUCACCUUGCUACCAGUUGUUUAUAAAAAUAUAUUUUAUAUUCGAUAUUCUUACGUGACCCACCCAGUCCUGUAAGCUGAAAUGAUCCGUAAAACAAUUUCGUGUCUGUGUGUCGUAUGAACAAAUCUGCACUAAAACUAAAUUUAGGUUCAACUCGUAAACGCAUGAUCAGUUGUCAAACGAAAGUACGGUUGAUAUUCAAAUGCAUUAUUUUUCUCUUUCUGGUAUAUUGUUUUAGUAUGAUGAUGCUGCAUUAAUUAAUAUAAGUGUAUAUGAAGUAGAAACAUCAAAAAUAAUCAACGGUUGCGAUAGACACCUAUAAACUGUUACAUGCUCAUAAUAUCACUUUAGUACAUUAGGCAAUAUGGACAAAUAAUUAUUGUUAAAUUUAUCAACAAUAAUAUUUAUCAUUGUAUUGUUGAAAACACAUUAAGAAUCUAUUAUUUACAUACCAUAAUUAUAUUGCUGAAUAUCUUCAUUUAACAUAUUUCUGGUCUAAAGAAAAUUCCAGGUCACCUAGUUCACGGAUAGCGUCUUUAUUAUAUAACGAUUAUUUUACUGGCCGCCAACUCCGGUGAUGACCUGUAUAUAAACUCUGAAUGUCCGCGAAUUGACCCGAUAUACCUCGCGGGUUGAAAUGCAAUGCUUUAAAGUGAGGCCUCGCUUCCAUUGCUCUUUAUACUUUUACAUGUUAACAUGUUGACAGGAAUAAGGAAGUAAGUACUAAAUAUGAGAACAUAGCCUUUUAAGUAUAAACGCUCUUGCGCUGGUAAUACUCUGAAAAUAAAAGGUGUACGCACAAACUGUAUUGAUGUCGAGAAUUGAGUGUAAAACUGUUCUAUCUAUUAAGCCUUUUCAUUCGAGAUAAAAUUGUUUCAUACAGUAAAACAGUGUUACAAAGACGCGGAUAUGUUUCCAAUGUUCUGGUGGUAUACUCAAAUCAGCCAAUGGAAUAAAUGAAGUGUAUUCAUUCGUACCUAGCCGCGGGAAAUUUUAUUGGAAUUUUAUUGGACACUUACAAAGGUCAGGCUAAGGUGAAAAGCUGGCUUAUGCAGCUUACGCCGAAAAAGUAAUCUGGUGCUAAAAGACCAUAUAAUAUUGUAAAUAAAAACAAUGAACAACCUUCAGUUAAAACAAAAUGGGUUAUAAAACUCAAUACCGUAAUUAAUGAAAAUGAAUGGAACUGCAUUUUUGAACUACCCUUUUUAAUAACAAAUGAUGUAAAGGUACAGUGGUUCCAAUACAGAAUAAUUCAUAGGAUUCUUCGAACAAAUAGUCUUUUGAGCAAAAUGAAAAUAAAUUAUCCAUUGUGCUCCUUUUGCAAACAAAGUGAGGAAAAUUUAGAACAUUUAUUUUGGGAAUGUCUGAUAUCUAAAGCACUAAUUGAUGAGAUAUUACUAGAUCAAUUGUUUCCUUUUACGAAUAAAAAAAGUUUUCUACUUGAUUAUUUAAAAAAGGUCAGCUAUAGCCAUAAAUAAUGUUAUUUUGUUUAUCAAGCUAUAUAUCUUAUACAAGUGGAUAAUGAAUAAAUUCAUCCCAAACAUUACAUGAGCCAAAAAAUACAAAGUAUGUAUAUGAUAACUUAAGAAAAAUAGCAAUUUCAAAUAAUAAUACAGAAUCCUUUGUUAGGGAAUGGGUAUUGUUUACUACCAUUGUAGACCAAACUUAGUAUUUAAAUUUAAUGAAUAUUAUUGUUCUGUACAACUUUGUAUAAAUAUGUGUUUUGUUUUGUUUUAACUCAAAGGACCAUGUUGAAAUCCUAAAUCUUGAAAUUAUAGGUAGAACCUUGUGUCAUAAAUCACAAUUACAUGUACGUAUUUUGUUUUUUCUGUGCAUUUUUUCAUCUGAAUAUGCAACCACUAUUUGCUUUCUGUAAUUUAUACACACAGGUACUUUUAAUAUGUAAAUACCUUGGAAAAUGUCUUUAUUUUGAAAAUGUACCUAUUUUUGCUUUUCUAUGCUUCUUAUUCAUCUGAAUAUGCAGAUACUAAUUUCUUAUUACAAUUAAUACAUGCUUUAAAUAUGUUUAUAUAAUGAAAUAUCUAGUUUUUUUUACUUUUGUUCUCUAUAAAUACUUUUUAAUACUUUUCCAACACACAAUCGCAUGCAACUGUCUUAUAGUUACAGCAUUCCUUUCACUUUGUAAACUCUUAAAGGGAUCUUUUCACGCUUUGGUAAAUUGACAAAAUUGAAAAAAGUUGUUUCAGAUUCGCAAAUUUUCGUUUUAGUUAUGAUAUUUGUGAGGAAACAGUAAUACUGAACAUUUACCAUGGUCUAAUAUAGCCAUUAUAUGCAUCUUUUUACGAUUUUAAAACCUAAAAAUUAUAAAGCGUUGCAACGCGAAACGAUUGAAUAAUUUGGAGAGUUCUGUUUUUGUCGUUAAAUUUUGUGAAACUACGAAGAUUGCUUAUAUAAGGUAUAAAAUACUUCAAGAAUAUGUACUCGGCGGAAUAGCUCAGUAGGCUUAAGCGUUUUUACUUCAGGACUCUGGCAGGACUCCAGGGGUCACUGGUUCGAAACCUGGUCCGGGCAAUGUUCUUUUCCUUUUUUUAAUUUUAUUCUUGAUUUUUUACUGGAGCUUUUACGAUCAAAUGUUUACAUUUAUCAAUAUAAAGCAUUUAAUGAAUAAGUUAAAAAAUGCCAAAAUCUGUGAAAAGGCCCCUUUAAUGUCUGUUGACAUGAAGCUGUGUUUUUUUUUCUUGUAAAUAUUUGUAAAAGCGAACAAAGACAUGAUGUUUGUGAUUUUUUUAAUAAACAAAAGUAAAUUUACACCCUUAAGAGUAUAAUGUAUAAAUUAGAUGAUGAGCUUUUGUAGAAUAUUUAAGAAAACAAUUAAAAAUGGUCGAAGACAUUAAGUAUUAGCUCUUGAUGCUGUGUUAGCUCUUGAUGCUGUGUCUGAUGUGUCAGUCAUUCUUUCAUCUAUGAUAAAGGUAGGGUGUGUUUUUAUGCCCCCGGAUUGAAUGAUAGCGGGUAUACUGUUUUUGGCCUGUCUGUCUGUCAUCCAUUCAUUCAUUAACUGUGUGUGUCCCAAAACUUUAACCUUGGUCAUUACAUUUGCCAUAUUGAAAAUAUCAACUUGAUAUUUGGCAUGGUUGUGUAUCUCAUGGAGUUGCACAUUUUGAGUGGUGAAAGGUCAAGGUCAUCCUUCAAGGUCAAAGAUAUGGCUUCAAAGCAGCGCAGUAGGGGGCGUUGUGUUUCUCUUGUUUUCAAAUUUCUAUGCAAAUUGCUUUGUCUUUUUAUGUCACUGUCUACAAUCAUAUAUAUAUAUAAAGUAGCAUAAUGCUUGUGCAUAAAGUGUCGUCCCAGAUUAGCCUGUGCAGUCCACACAGGCUAAUCAGGGACGACACAUUCUGCCUAAACUAGAUUUUUGCUAAGAAGAGACUCUUUAAACAAAAAAUAUCAUCAAAGCGGAAAGUGUCGCCCCUGAUUAGCCUGUGCAGACUGCACAGGCUAAUCUGGGAUGACACUUAACGCACAUGCAUUAUUACCAGUUUUCUCAGUACGCAACUUAUAUGAUAGUUUGUGUUGCCAAUGUACUUAUAUAUUUAUCUGUUAUCCAGUCUUGUAAUAAAAUGUGUUGGGAAAAUAAUAUAUAAUGUAUGCAUAUAUGUUGCUUUAUUAUGUAUUUGCACAUGUAUCAUGUAAUCUUGUGAAAAAUUAUUUUGUACAUGUGUAAUAUGUGACUUCUAAAAUAAAGAAUAUGUUUUUA